UCAUGGAAUCAAGAAAUUAUCUUACUGAUGAUGAGAGUGAUAAUCAUUGUGAAAAUAAUAAAGAAAGUGACCAAAGAAAUGUGUUGGUUGAUCCUGGAAAAUUAGUGGCCAUUGAUGGACAUUGUUAUGACGAUCACAAUAUUAGGCUGGAUGAUUUAAGCAUCUUGGAAACUGGUCCUGAUAAUGAUUUACCUCAGAUUGAUGUCGAUAGUCAUGAAAAUGAAAAGUAUUUGGUUAAAUCGAUUGAAGCUGCUUCGAUUAUAAGUAGUUCGAUUCAAUUGAAAUUAAACUGCAAUCGAAAAUCAGUCAAGCUAUUGAGAAGAUCUUUGAAAGUUGUUGAACGUCAUCUUAAGUCUUCCAAGACUAGAAAAAGCAAUGACCGAAAAGCGAAAUCUGAGCCUUUUACUCGAUCAAACGAGAAACUUGGUCGUGACUAUCGAGUAUCCGCUGAUGAAACCGAUAGUGAAAGCCAAUUGAAAGAGAAAAACACGCGAAAAUGUAAGAAGCUCGAAAAAGAUGUUUACAAGGAAGAUCUUUAUGACCAAUACGAUCCAAAAUACGCGAAACGAUUUCCUUUCAUUCUAAAAUGGCUCGACGAUUUCUGGUUCUAUAACGAAAUCAUAAUCAAAAAUGGACGCAUAGUGAAAUCGUCAUUACCGAGUUAUAUUUCUAGGAAAAAUAUUUUAAAUAUUAAGCAACGCUCAAAGGCUUCAAGACAAGUCAAUCCAAAUCCUCGAGUCUUUGCUCAUGUACAAAAUGAAGUACCUUGGCCUGAAUCGGAUCUCGAACCAUUAUUGACCCCUGUUCUAUCCGAUACAAUAAUAAGACGAGUUCUCAAAGGGAUGUCACAAGGAAAACUCUACAACAUUGAUUACAAGAAGCUGAGUAAAAUUUUCUUACAUCGAAUCAGGAUGGAUAAAGAUGAACGUGCCAAAUGCCCACUUUGCGAUAAUAAGUACAAUAACAAGCUUAAUACCAUUAAGCACAUUGAAAGUAUUCACACGAAUUUCGCUUGUUUUUGUGGUUCAUGUGGACAAAUCUAUUUACGAGGAGCUUUAUGUUUAACUCACGAAUGCACAAAGAGAUGAAAGCGGCCUGGAACUUACGAUUCUCUGGUCUACAAAAUCCAUUGAAACUCCUCUUUGGACAAAUCAGAGCAACUUUUACAAUGAUUAACUAGCGAACGAAUAAUUUGUUACAAAUCAAAUAAUUUGUAUUUUAAAUAAAAUGAUUAAGCUUCAA